UCAAGACUUCACCUUCACUUUUUCGAAAUCCUCAAAACCCAAAAAAAAAAAAACAGAAAAAGAAAAGAAAAAAAUUACAGCUUUGUAAAAAAUCCCCCAUGAUUAUUCUCUUUUGAUUGCUGUGAUUUGAUAUUACGGAACUGUAACGGAGUAAUCAAUUACACCCUUUUCCUCUUUUUCUCUCAUACCCUUUGUCAGUUUCACCUGUGAGCUGUGUGCGCUUCAACUACACGCACAUUGCGCGAAAGCAGAGACCCUCCGUACUGUGUCUUUCUUCUCAGCCUUUAGUGGGGAGAGGAUCAUUGAAUUUCAGAGGAUUAGCGUGUUUUCUCAGCUUUGGAACCAGCUUUCAGCAAAUGCACUGGCCAAAAAUGAUGUCUUUCUGGGCCAAGAAAUGGAAAUGAGAACAGAUAAGGUGAAUAACUGAAGAAGGAGCUUGAGAGGUAUUCAAGAAUUUCUUGAAGAAAUGAGUGAAACUGGGGGGAUAACAGCUUCAUCAUUGGCUAUAACAGAGAAGAAGCCUCAAAGAACUGGGGGCUGUGUAGGCAUCUUCUUUCAGUUGUUUGAUUGGAACCGCAGGUUUGCCAAGAAGAAACUAUUUUCCAAGAAACUGCUCCCACCAGUUCGUUUAAAGCAAGGCUCUAAGAAGUUUGGGGGAGAUGAGAAGCAGCCAAAGCAUAGAUUGAUUGCUGAUGAGAACAGUGGGGGCUUUCCUAACAUUAUUAAGAGUAAUAGCAAGGGGUGUAGUGUUUAUUCUGAAAAGAAGCAUGAAAUGCGAUCUCCGGGUUUGGUUGCUAGGCUCAUGGGGCUGGAUUCAAUGCCAGCAGUUCCAAAGGAGAAGCCAAAGAAGGUUUCAUUUAAUGAAUCUGCAGGUAAUAAGGAGGAGAAGUUUGGUUGUGAUACAGGUAGGUUUGAGGGUGAAGAGCAAAGUUUUGUAAAAAUGGGGGCAAAGCAAGAAUUAAGGCCUCAGAAGCUUCAGAAAACGGGGCUGAGUGAGAGGCGCCCGGUGACUAGGUUUGGAGCUGAGGCAUUGCAGAUAAAGAGUAUGCUGUCGCGGUCAAGGAAGCAUCACCCGAAGCUGGCUACUCCGCUGAAAAGCCCUAGGAAUGUUGCUGGGAGAAAUGCAUCUCGGUUGAUUGGUGUUGCUACUAAGAUUCUGGAGCCCGGGAUGCAGAAGAGUAGGGGGAAAUAUGCCCUGCCUUGCUCAGACACUUUGCGUCGACCCUCAGCAGUUUUGCAGGAGCACCCGAUGAGUUCAACACCGGGCAAUUCUGAAUUCUCUAGUUACUAUACGGGCGCUGCCAAUGCUCUCAAGGGAACGUCGUGCCAACAUUGUGGCCAUUCGCUUGACAUCUUGGACUCCAUACCGAGCCAAGAAGAAGAACCAUCCAUAAUUCCUUCGCCUGUUUCAAAUUGCAUUGAACAUUGUCAAGAUUCAGAAAGAAGUAUGCCAAGAGUGCCCGUAUUUUACUCCCAGGAACAAAAGGAAAGGGCUCAUCAGGGGCCAUUGUAUUCUGCUGCUGUAGAAGAAGAAUUAUGUUCUGCAGGAGGUAGAUUCGAGAAGAAUCCCGUUAACAGAGGUCAAAUGCCACAGCAGUUGACUAGCCAAGAGUGCCAACCGAGCCAUGGUUCAUCUCAUGGUCCUGUGUGCAGGACUCAAAAGCCAAAUCAAAUGUUUCCCGGGAGAGAUAGAGUUCCUCAAAGGGCAAGGUCAAGCAGUUUGCAGAGCAAUAGAGUCACGUCAGCAGCGAAUUCAGUCAAUGAGACAAAAAAUUUUGUUGCGCUUAACAAAGCCUUAAAUGGAAGUAGUACUCGAAUGAGGAUGCCAACCAAAUCAGAUAGUUGUGCUUUUGAAUCAGAAAGAAGAUUUUGUAAUAGGAGAACCGAGUCCCUUUCUCCAGUGCGUAAGAGAAGGUCUGUGAAUGUAACUAGACAAGGUGAGAGUUCGGAGUUCACAAAUUUUAAUUUAGGAAAAGGAUUAAGUGGUAGCUCUAAUUCAAUGAGUGGCAAAGAGAGUGUUCAUCCCAUCCGUUCUAUGAACCGGGCUUAUACUGAUAGGAAGUCGCCAUAUCCACAAGAAAUUGGCCAAAAUGGCUCAAGACAGAAGGUCAAUGAUAUUGUUUCAUUCACUUUUAAAUCGCCAGUGAAGCAGAAGGCCGAGGUGCAAGGAGAAGCUAUUGGAAGAAGGUUCCAGACUAACUCAUGUUCUGAUAGGACCCCGGGGAAAUUGGUAUUGAAGGAAAAUAAUGGCAGCAUUUGCUCAGAGGAACCACCGUUUGCUUUGAGGGGGGAUACACUAGGCGCGAUUCUGGAACAGAAACUGAAAGAGCUGACUUGUCAAGAAGUUGAGUUGGCCGAAGGGGGUACUACAUCAAGAAAAACUACUGCUGUCAUUCUUCAGGAGCUAAUAUCUGCUUUAACAGCAGAGAGACAAUUUCACGAGGAUAAUUUUAUUGUAAGAUCUAGCGGGAAAAGUGGUAUCUCUCAUCCUGAUAAUACACAUCAUGACUAUACCCCAACGAAGUUUCAGGCCACAGCAAAAUCAGCCACAACCCCAGCUGCAUACAACCGGGAUAUUAAUCACUUCAGCCCAGGAUCCGUUCUUGAAGGUUCAUUUUCAAAUAACAGUUAUGUCUCGAGCAGUCUGGAUGGAAACUCAAUUUCAGGGGAUAAAUUGGUUUCUGAUUCUUUGUAUUUCUGUGAUGAAUCGUGCUCAUUCAACCCUGAUACGGAUCUUCUGGACUCUGCAACCUCUUUGGCCACGGGGAAGUGCUAUAGAACAUUAGUCAGUGACCUUGUUAACAACAUUACUGCAGUUUUACAAAAGAUCAACCUUUUUAACGGUGACUUGAGAGGAAGCAAGCUUGACUAUGCAAAGGAGAUACUUUUAAAUGCCGAACUAGUACUUGGAAAUGCAGCCUGGAGUAGUUCACCUCUAGACACAGGUUUUUCUGUGACCCAAUUUCUUCUCGAGGAACUUGAAACACUGGCCAGUGUUAUGUUGAUGAGGUUUGAUGACCUACUUGGCCUUGAGAAUGCCAAACAUGGAAGCCAACUUAAACAGUUCAUCUUUGAUUGCGUUUUAGAGGUUCUAGAUUCGAAGGUCAGUCGAUAUUCCAAAUCUGGUUUCAGAGCAUGGACAAAACUACCGCCUUGCAUGAACACAGAGAUACUACUGUUUGAGAUACUCGGGGAGGUGAAACUGUGGACGGCAAUGACAGGGUUGAUUCAUGACGAUAAAAUAGAAUGGGACAUGAGUCAUUCUUUGGGAAAAUGGACUGAUUUUGAGGUUGAAGUGUUUGAAAAUGGGGCUGAAAUCGAUCGACAAAUACUCCAGAAUUUGGUAGAUGAAGUUGUGAUGGACUUCUGUACUGUACUGUAAACCAGGUUUCAAGUAAAUGAGGGUUCCAAAAUCAACAUUCCAAGUGAUCCCUCUUCUUCAUCAAAUCUUUAGCAUGAAUGUUUGUACAAAUGGAGCACUGUAGUGACUGACUUUGUAUCUGAUAUCAGUUUUAGUAGAAUUUGUAUUCAAAGAAUUUGCAUCAUAAAACCUGUGCUUCAUGAAUUUGCCCUUUUCAAUUUUCAUUAAGCCAUUGCUUCUU